UUGGGUACCGACGCCUAUUCACGAGACAAAUAUAGAUUUUUUAUUUUUCACAAAAGACAAUGGUUUAGUGUUCAUAAUUAGUGUUUAGAAAAACAGUUUUUAUUUCGACUUUGUACUUUGUGUAGUGGUUGCUUCAUAAAGGCUAUCGUUGAUCCCAGUUAAUGUAAAUAGCCUUUAUAAAGCAUUCAUAUUUAAUAAAGAUGUAAAUAAAACUUUUAAAAUUCAUGACGUUGAUUCAAGUGCUAAAGACUAAUAAAGCUUGAAAUGAUACAGCCGAGCUGAAACAAGCGCUAUGAUCGCUUCUAGCGAACUCACGCCAACAUGGCCGACGAAGAAGAAAAACUGCCGAUACCUCCCACAUUCCUUGAGAAACUUCUCUUCUACACAACAGCAACUUUCGUCCUUCUCGCAAUCUUCAGUCUCUUUGCCUUCCUUUUUUUAGUACCAUUCGUCAUAGAACCAGCAUUUACGACUAUAUUUAUGCAGUUUGAUCCUGUCGCAGCAUUGUGUGUAACAACAGAAGUUAAACAGUUGUUUGGCGUGAGUAACUGCUCAUGGGCAUCAUGCAGAGAAGGCUGCACUAAAGAUCUUUUCGAGUGUACACAAAUUAGAGUAAACUAUAAACUGGGAUACGCACCAAAUAUCUCAGCAACUGAAUACGAGGAGCUUAUCAGAGCUGAAAGAUCUUUACGAAAAGAUUACGAAUACGAAAAUUACGAGUCACCAAUAGAUAAAAUAGAUCCAGAAAUGGAACAACAAGAAUUAGAAGAUAUAGCACCGACUGGUCUACAAGGUGAAGACUCGGAAUGGUACUUUACAGGAGCAAGAUUAUUUCCAAAUGUUAAGGGAUGCGGAUAUCCACCGAUUUUGAAUUGUACAGUAUUCUAUGGAAAGUAUAAGCCAAUUGGCAAUAAUUAUACUUGCUACUAUAGCCGAAUUGAUCCUGGAUUAGUGAUCACAGAAUUAGAUAUGUGGCAGAACACGCUCAAUUUAGUUUACGCCAUGGCUAUACCGAUUCCAUCCUUUAUCAUUUCGGUGAUAUACUUAACAUUUGCGUACUUCAAAAUAUAUAAUACUGAAGAUGAAUCCGAACAAGCGCCUUUACAGAGUGAUGCGGAGGCAAUGGCUACAGGAGAUGAUGGAAAGCCAACUACUCCUGGUUCGGACACGUUUAGAGAAGAUCUAGCAUGUUUUGGUCAUCAAUUGAAGUUACAACUAGCUAACGAUAAGCCGAAAGAUGGAUUUGAAUCAAAUAGUCCUCCAAUUUCAAAUUCGGCUUCAUUGUCUGGGACCAAAUCAUCUUUCGUGAACGCCUAAUGAAAGUCACCAAGAUGACAGGGCUCCUGAAGAGGCUUCGGGUAUCAAGUAUACCAUGAACUGACGUGAAAAGACAAAAAUGAUCACCUGGCCACAGUCAUGCUUUCACGGUCACCUUUCACGUGAUCGCUUGCUGCUUUUCCGAGAAGAAAUAGCUUCCAAGUGAAGUGACAAUUUGAAAUGUGUUGUGAAAUUGUUUAUUUUUCGUGACAGCAAAACUUAAUAUACUAUACUAUAAUGAAUACGAAAACAUUUUAAAACCACACCGCCGAUUUUUAUUAUAGAAACAAGUAACAUAAAUGUAUUGCAAUUUGGAAACAAUACAAAGAAAUAUUUAACUAACGAUAGCGCAAUUCUAAGAAGUUGUCACGAAAAUAGUUAAUUUAGUUCUAAGUUCUAAUUUAGUUAAAAAUCACAUGGCGCUUAUGUAUAGAAGAUUGUUUAAAAUUAUGCUGUGUUUAUGAAAUGCACCAUAACACGUACACAAAAUGUUUCAGAAAAUUUAAUUAUAAUUAUUUAUAUGUAAUGCAUUGAAUGAUUUAAAAGCUAAGGGUACUCGAAAACAAUACUAAGCUAGUACACAAAUAUUUUGUACAAUUCAUAUACCAUGUUAUAAAUCGAUUCAAAAAAUCGUCCCUGCCUACGAGUAUCGAUUUUCCGUCCCAUGCUUUUUAAAAAUUCAACGAUACUUAAUGUCCAUAGCAACCCGAAUCGACUAUCUAAUUAAGGCUAUUGACCCAAACUAUAUAUAAUUUCUUAAAAGCCUCCUAACGCUAUUUUCCGUCUAAAAUGCUCAAUAUUAAAAUUUCAAAAGUUAACACUAUACAGGCCCGAUUUCGCAAACUAUUUAUAUAAGAUCUUUCAAAUCGUACAGAACUUUAUGCUAAAAGUAAUUGCUAUAAUAUGAUUAAAAUGCUUAUUUUGUCUUCUACCUUUCUUUUUCUAUAAUAAUAUAAGACUUUACUGGUAGUAAUUCAUGUCCAUAAUACAAUAAUUAAAUUUUUGAGUUCCAAUAUUUUUGUGUACUUUGAAAUAAUUAUUGUAUAUAUAGCAAGCAUUUUCUAUCAAACUUAUUCUAUGAAAAAAAAAGCUUUAGUUUUUAAGCUAUUUCCACAUGUGCUACAUAUGUAAUAAUAAUGCUUAAAAUGUAUACAUAUUGACUUGAAUUGUAAAACAAAUAGAAUUCAAUGCUAUGAAAGUAUGAAUAUUAAAACAUACUAUUAACGAAAAUUUACCUAUAUAGGUGGAAUUUUCAUGAUGAUAACAUAAAUAUGAUAUUAAAAUUAUUGAAUAUUCUGGUAGAACGUACUUCUAAAUGAUCGCUUGGCAAAUUUAAGACCGUAUGUUAUCCAAUGUAUCUUAGAUGCGUUUUAUAAUUUUUUAAAGUAAUCAAAUAUUCGAAAAUAAAAAAAUAAAAAUGUUUUUAUUCAUUAUAAGUACAUAUGCAUUACAAUGUGUAAGAUUUGGAAAUCCUUUUAAGUAAAAAAUAUAAUAUAUAAGUUUAAAACGUUCACAUAUUUUUAUAAAAAAUCAUCAUCACAAUAAUAAGUCGAAUUAAUUCUAUUUGUUGUA